GUGAGGAGCGGGCGGCGGCGGCGGACGAGGAGGAAGAAAAAAGUGCCGCGUCUCUCCUGUUGGACGGCGUCUCCACACGCGCACUGACGGGCGAGUGGACGGGAGUGCGCCGUGUUGCUCUCCCCCGGACCGCGCUGCGGCCGAUGCGGGUCGUUUGGCGCUGAACUCGCGACGGAUUCUUGGUUUUUUUUUUCCAGGGACGAUGUCGUCAGUGGAUGUUCUCUCCUCUGUGUGGUGACGGCGCGCUGGAGUUCUUUUGUUUGAAAGUGACAGUUGUUUAUUUGGGGGGGGGGGGGGGACUCGGUGGCUCGGCGCAGGACGCAGGACGCAUCCCGUGCCAUGGACUUGUAGCGCGCACGCCAGUGUGUGUGUGUGUGUGUGUGUGUGUGUCGGCCGGGGGAAGGAAGGACGCACACGCGUGAGGAGGAUGCAUCAUGGAACAUGGUCGUCUAAAGUUUGAGCGACGAUUUGAUGUGGGGGAGAGUGACGGCAUGGGAGGCAGCAGGGUGGAAGAGGGAACAGCCUGACGCUGAUGAGAAAGACCCCCCUCCUCCCCUCUCUCUCUCUCUCCCCCCCCCCCCCCCCCUGGUGAAUGUUUGACUCUUGUGUCCAGGGACCACACACACACCUACAGGACCCGGGGCGCCGGGCGACCGCCCGUGUUAUGAUGCUUCACCUCCACUCGUCUUCUGCUGCCACUGACGCCCUGCACAGCCGCUACGGAGGCCCCUGUGCCGGGGGCCCCGCCAUGGGGGCCGGCCGGCAGCCGGGGGCCCCGGGGGCCCCGCGGGUGUACAAGCAGACGAUGUCUCAGAGAGCCAAGACCAUGGCCUUUUACAAACCCAUUCCGGUCAAACGGAGCUGCCUCAGCGUCAACCGCUCCCUGUUCAUCUUCGGCGAGGACAACGUCAUACGGAAAUACGCCAAAAAGAUCACAGAAUGGCCUCCAUUCGAGUACCUGAUCCUGGCCACCAUCAUCGCCAACUGCAUUGUGCUGGCCUUGGAGCAACACCUCCCGGCCUCGGACAAAACCCCGAUGUCGGAGCGUUUGGACGACACAGAGCCCUACUUUAUUGGAAUAUUUUGUUUCGAGGCCGGUAUCAAGAUCAUCGCCCAGGGCUUUGCCUUCCACAAAGACUCCUACCUACGUAAUGGCUGGAAUGUAAUGGACUUUGUGGUGGUCCUAACAGGGAUCCUGGCCACCGUGGGGGCUGAUUUUGAUCUGAGAACACUGAGGGCGGUGAGAGUUCUGCGGCCGCUCAAACUGGUCUCUGGCAUUCCAAGUCUGCAGGUGGUGUUGAAGUCCAUCAUGAAGGCCAUGGUGCCGCUGCUGCAGAUCGGCCUGCUGCUCUUCUUCGCCAUCCUCAUGUUCGCCAUCAUCGGCCUCGACUUCUACAUGGACAAGUUCCAUCGCACCUGCUUCAGGAUAGACACAGGCGAGCAGGCAGCCGAUUUCCCCUGUGGCCUGGAGGCUCCGGCGAGGACCUGUGCAAACGGCACCACCUGCACGGAGUACUGGACCGGACCCAACUUUGGCAUCACCAACUUUGACAACAUCCUCUUCGCCAUCCUCACCGUUUUCCAGUGCAUCACCAUGGAGGGCUGGGUGGACAUCCUCUACCACGCCAACGAUGCCUCAGGGAACACAUGGAACUGGCUCUACUUCAUCCCACUCAUCAUCAUCGGCUCCUUCUUCAUGCUCAACCUGGUGCUGGGCGUGCUAUCGGGGGAGUUUGCCAAAGAGAGACAACGGGUAGAGAAGAGACAAGAAUUCCUGAAGCUGCGCAUACAGCAGCAAAUAGAGAAAGAGUUGACUGGAUACUUGGAGUGGAUCUGCAAAGCAGAGGAGGUGAUGCUGGCCGAGGAAGACAAGAAAUCUGUGGACGGCGCUUGGUACAAGAGAAAACACAACAGCUCAGUGCUGAAGCGGACAAAGAAAAGUAAGAAUGACCUCAUCAAUGCAGAGGAGGGCGAGGACCACUUCUCAUCUGUUGCCCCCCCAGGGAACGACAACUCGUCUUACUUCAGGCGGAAGGAGAAGAGGAUUCGCUUCACCAUCCGCCGUCUGGUCAAGUCGCAGGGCUUCUACUGGAUGGUGCUGUGCCUGGUUGGCCUCAACACGCUGUGUGUCGCCAUAGUGCACUACAACCAGCCCGACUGGCUCACCUUUGCCCUAUACCUGGCCGAGUUUGUAUUCUUGGGCCUGUUUCUGGCAGAGAUGUCCAUGAAGAUGUACGGGCUCGGAGCGCAGAACUACUUCCACUCCUCGUUUAACUGUUUCGACUUUGGGGUGAUCAUCGGAAGUAUUUUUGAGGUGAUCUGGGCUGCCAUCAAACCUGGGGCCUCUUUCGGUAUUAGUGUCCUGCGAGCUCUGAGACUGCUCAGGAUCUUCAAAGUCACCAAGUACUGGAACUCUCUGAGGAACCUGGUGGUUUCCCUGCUCAACUCCAUGAAGUCCAUCAUCAGCCUGCUGUUCCUCCUCUUCCUCUUCAUUGUGGUCUUCGCCCUGCUGGGCAUGCAACUGUUCGGCGGCCUGUUUAAUUUUGAAAAAAAACCGCCGACCACUAACUUUGACACGUUCCCGGCAGCGAUUCUCACCGUCUUCCAGAUCCUCACCGGGGAAGACUGGAACGCUGUCAUGUACCAAGGGAUCGAAUCACAGGGGGGCGUCCACAGGGGGAUGUUCUCCUCCAUUUACUUCAUCAUUCUCACUCUCUUCGGGAACUACACACUUCUCAACGUCUUCUUGGCCAUCGCCGUUGACAACCUCGCAAAUGCCCAGGAGCUCACUAAGGAUGAAGAGGAGCAAGAGGAGGCCAUCAAUAAGAAACUUGCCCUCCAGAAAGCCAAGGAGGUAAAGGAGGUCAGCCCCAUGUCAGCCGCUAACAUUUCCAUCACAGCUUUUCUAACACGCAGUCGAGGUAACGCGCAUUCUAGCAGCUCAUCCAUCUGCAGCGUUAACUCACUUAAGGAGCAGCAGAAGUCAGCGAAGACGGUGUCAGUAUGGGAGCAGAGGGCCAACCAGCUCAGAAGGCACAACCAGGCGAGCUGCGAGGCCCUGUACAGUGAGCUGGAGCCCGAGGAGCGUCUCCGGCUGUCCUCGGCCCUCAACAUCCGGCCCGACAUGAAGACCCACCACGACCGGCCACUGAUUGUUGAGCCCCACGACGGGCCUGUGCUGGCAGGCCACCAGCACCACCAUCAUAAACCCUGCAUGCCAGAAGAGGCUGAGACUACCCCUGACCCUCCUGCACCUUACCAGCCUCGCCGCCAUCACCGACACAGAGACCGGGAUAACGGUGACACUGGCGGGAGGCACCACGUCCACCACAGUCGCUCCAAAGACCAUGAUGGCAGCCGGGGCAAAGAGGGGAAGAGCGAGAGAUCCCGCAGCCGAGAGGGCGGCAGGAAACAUCACCACCAGAAUUCAGUGGAUGAGAGCGGAGGCGGAGGAGUCGCGAGCGAGAGAGAGCACCGUCAUCAUCAUUCACAUCGGCAGUCCCGGGGAGGCAACGGGACAGUGAGCAGUGGUGGGAAGGGGGACAAGAAGUCCCGGCACAAAGAUGGCCGCUAUUCUAACCGAGACGGGGAUAGGAAUUCCAGAGGAGAGAGUGGUGCCAACGGAGAGAGGAGGAGGCAUCGGACUCAUGGGUCCAGGGGCCAAUCCACAGUGGAGGGAGUGGAGUCCAACGAGAGAGAGAAGACCCAUGGCCACAGGGACGGGUUUGGUGACUCAGAGGGGGAGUCCCUGGCCGUCUCUCCCCAGCAGGCCUCUGGCGACCGACCAGAGGACUCGGACAACCAGCGUAAUGUCAGACGAUCCGGCCAGACGUCUGGCCAAGUCCCUCCUGUGACAGUCACCUCCCCACCCGGAGAGACCACCCUCAUACAAAUGAACAGCAUUGACUCUGAGACGAUGCCCAUGACAGAGAAGACCCUGGAGGAUCUGGGUCAAAGUGGACCCAAGCCCAUCCUGCCUUACAGUUCCAUGUUCAUCUUCGGACAGAGCAAUCCGGUGAGGCGCUUGUGUCACUACAUUGUGACCUUGCGUUAUUUUGAGAUGUCCAUCCUCGUGGUCAUCGCUAUGAGCAGCAUUGCUCUGGCGGCGGAGGACCCCGUCUGGACCAACGCCCCUCGCAACAACGUGCUUAAAUAUCUGGAUUAUGCCUUCACUGGUGUAUUCACUUUUGAAAUGGUGAUCAAGAUGGUGGACCUGGGCCUGCUGCUGCAUCCCGGAGCCUACUUCAGAGACCUGUGGAACAUUCUGGAUUUCAUAGUGGUCAGUGGGGCGCUGGUGGCUUUUGCAUUUUCGAGCUUCAUGGGAUCGCAACAAGGUGUGACCAGGGGCACCAAAGGCAAGGACAUCAGCACCAUCAAGUCACUGAGGGUUCUGCGGGUUCUCAGGCCCCUCAAGACCAUAAAACGCCUGCCGAAAUUAAAGGCAGUGUUUGACUGCGUGGUCAACUCGUUGAAGAACGUGCUGAACAUCCUCAUCGUCUACAUCCUCUUCAUGUUCAUCUUCGCCGUCAUUGCGGUUCAGCUCUUCAAGGGGAAAUUCUUCUCCUGCACGGAUGAGUCCAAGGGCCUGGAGAAGGACUGCAAAGGACAGUUCUUGAAAUACGACGAUGACAAAGUAGCCGCCAUGCCCAGAGAUUGGGAGAAGUACGACUUCCAUUAUGACAACGUGCUGUGGGCCUUCCUGACCCUCUUCACCGUCUCCACCGGGGAGGGCUGGCCGACUGUGCUGAAGCACUCUGUGGAUGCCACCUUUGAAGACCAGGGUCCCAGUCCAGGCUACCGGAUAGAGAUGUCCAUCUUCUAUGUGGUCUUCUUUGUGGUCUUCCCUUUCUUCUUCGUCAACAUCUUCGUCGCUCUGAUCAUCAUCACGUUCCAGGAGCAGGGGGACAAGGCUUUGUCUGAGUGCAGCUUGGAAAAGAAUGAGAGGGCUUGCAUUGACUUUGCCAUAAACGCCAAACCUCUGACGCGCUACAUGCCCAAGGACACGCAGUCCUUCCAGUACAGGAUGUGGAAGUUUGUGGUCUCGCCUCCGUUCGAGUACUCCAUCAUGAUCAUGAUUGCUCUCAACACUGUGGUACUCAUGAUGAAGUUCCACGGAGCUCCGGACUUCUAUGUAGCGAUGCUGAAGAAACUCAACAUCGUCUUCACCACUCUCUUCUCUCUGGAGUGCGUCCUCAAGAUCAUUGCUUUUGGUCCACUGAACUACCUGAAGGACGCCUGGAACGUGUUCGACUUUGUGACGGUGUUGGGCAGCAUCACCGACAUCCUGGUGACGGAAAUUAACACUACAGGCAGGCUGCUGAACCUGAGCUUCCUGAGGCUGUUCCGAGCCGCUCGGCUCAUCAAGCUGCUGAGGCAGGGCUACACCAUCCGCAUCCUGCUGUGGACCUUCGUCCAGUCCUUCAAGGCCCUGCCUUAUGUCUGCCUGCUGAUUGCUAUGCUGUUCUUCAUUUAUGCCAUCAUUGGGAUGCAGGUGUUUGGCAACAUUAAGCUGAAUGAAGACACAGAAAUCAAUCACCACAACAACUUCCGCACGUUCCUCCAGGCUCUCAUGCUGCUGUUCAGGAGUGCGACCGGCGAGUCCUGGCACGAGAUCAUGUUGUCGUGUUUGAGUCACCGAGCCUGUGACGAGCGGUCGGGGUCCCACGGGAAGGAGUGCGGCAGCGACUUCGCCUACUUCUACUUUGUCUCCUUCUUCUUCCUCUGCUCCUUCCUGAUGCUGAAUCUGUUCGUGGCCGUCAUCAUGGACAACUUCGAGUACCUCACGAGGGACUCCUCCAUCCUGGGACCUCAUCACCUCGAUGAGUUCAUCCGGGUUUGGGCCGAGUAUGACCCGGCUGCGUGUGGACGGAUUUCCUAUAAGGAUAUGUACAAUUUGUUGCGCAUUAUCUCACCGCCCCUCGGCUUAGGGAAGAACUGCCCUAAUAGGGUUGCAUACAAGCGUCUGGUGAAAAUGAACAUGCCCAUCGCCGACGACAACACCGUCCACUUCACCUCCACCCUGAUGGCCCUGAUUCGCACCGCCCUCGAGAUCAAGCUGGCCUCAGGUAUGGUCGCUCAGCGGUUGUCUGACGCCGAGUUGAAGAAGGAGUUGUCCACGGUGUGGCCCAACCUCUCACAGAAGACCAUGGACCUGCUGGUGACGCCGCACAAACCCAACGAACUGACGGUGGGGAAGGUGUAUGCCGCCCUGAUGAUCUUCGACUACUACAGGCAGAAUCGGGCGAGGAGGCAGCAGCAGCAGCAGCAGCAGCCGAACGCGUCCGGCUCCCAGGGCAUGGUCGGGGCUCUGUUUACGCCGCUGCUGCCUCAGAGUCGCGCGCCGGAGAGAGUCCUGCCGGCGGCGCGGAACAGCGCGGAGCUUGCCGGCGUGCCCCGGCCGCAGCCCCAAUCCCACGCCAAGUCCCAGCCACCGAGCAGGCCCAGCUCCAACUCCCUCGACAACGGAGGCACGCUGCCGGCACACCAUCGCAGCAUCAAGGUGUCCUCCUCCUGGGUGAUGGAGAAACCCAAGGAAGUGUCCCGGGCCAGGGCCCAAAGAAGUAUGUCCCGGGGCCCGUCGGAGGACACGCCGGACACGGCCAUCAUUCAGGAGUCGGUGGAGAUGAGGACGAUGGAGACCGGCGGCGGCAGCACAAUCCCCGUCCCUGGCUCAGGUCUGGAGAACCAGGGCAGAGCUGCUUCUAUGCCACGACUCAGUGCCGAGCUGCAGUGGGGCCACUCGCGCUGCUCUCCGGGGAUUCAUCUUGACUCCGUCCCCGACGCCAGUCCCAUGAAGCGCUCGGCCUCCACCGUGGCCCCGCAGCGACCCCAGGAGGUCAACCUGAGGGACUACACCCUGGAGAAACCCAGCCAGGAGCGACCCCACCACCAUCACCACCACCACCGCUGCCACCACCGCAGAGACCGGGAGAAAGACAGAGACCGGGAGAAGAGGCAGAGGUCUUUGGAUACGCCUUUGGGCGGACAACCUCCAGGCUCUGCUGGAGAGCCGGCGUCCGACCCGGCCGCCUGCAGGGAGCGGGCCCAUGACCGCGGACGCUCCCACGAGAGGAAACACCACCACUCGUCGGCGGACAGGCAGCGCUACUUCUCCUGCGACCGCUUCUGCAGCCGGGAACGCUGCCACAGCAAAUCCGCCGCCGCCAGCUGCGCCGCCUCCCCCGGCGAGGGGCAGGAAACCGGCGACAAGCAGGUGGGGAGGGCGCCGGAGUGUCGAGUAGGGACAGGCGAGGCUUCAGACUUCUAGAAGAUUGUCUUCUUCUUUUGUUUUUUAAAGGAGUUUGUAGUUUAUCUAAUAGCUGUGAUUCUUAUCGAGACAAAAACUGAUGCUGCCUUAAAGACCCCCUCCAGUCACAUUUCUAAAUAUAUAAAAAUAAUCUGCUAUUCCAAAUAUUUUGUUUAACAUCGUUUACUCCCAAAUAAAGUUUUUAAAAAAGCCUCUGAGAUGGGGCCGGACACCAUCCACUCUCUCUCCCUCACCGACGAAUUCUGAGACUAUGAAUAUUCAUGAUAUGCAAAUAACACAGGCCCCGCCCACCACCGCUGCUCGCGCUGGGUUGGCCGUCGGAAGAAUGUUGCGCAACAAAAUGGUUUCUUACAGACUUCUUUGCGAUGUUUUAAGACAAAGUGCCUAUCCUUUUAGAUAUACUGUAGAGAAAAAAAAAAUAGAUGCAACGUCAACUGUUUUUCUAAUGCAUCCACACCUGAGGAGGAUAUGUCUGGUCCAUUCCGUACGUAGCUCUGCAGGAAAACAUGUUGUACAAGAAAGCCUUAUUGUCCGCAAGAAGAGAGGGAGGAGAACCGGAACGCUUAAAAGACGGGGAUGAAAGAAAAAAGAAGACCCCUCUCAGAGCUCCUUAUUUUUCUUGUUUCUGAUAGACGACAGGGUGCAGGGUGGGGGCAGGAAGAGUAACAUCGGGGAGAUACUAUGAAAACUGCAAAAAAAGAUGUCUGUCCAGUGACAUUAAUGCCAGUAACACGUGACAAGACAGGCCCUCUGUGUGUGAGUGUGCGUGUGUGUGUGCGUGCAGAUGAAAAUUAACGGCAAGCAUCAGAUACGUAUAUUUUACAUUUGUUAAAUCAGUUUGUUGUUUGGUAAUGUAUCUUUUUGUCCCACUGUCCUGCAUACCUGGCAAAACAAACCCUCAACAAACAACAACGUUCCUUUAAAGGUGACAUAUUAUGCAAAAAUCCCCUUUUCAGUGUUUGUGCACAUACAUGUGUGUAUCUGUGGUGCAUUCGGCCCACAGACUGUGAAAAAGACCACCCUGUGAUUUAUUUGUGAGCUGGCUAAACCCUACAGCCUGGCUCUGAACCACUGGUUCCGAUUUCUCUCUCGCAGUUGGACUCUUUUGCAAUCUGAGAAUCUGCACUUCUCUGGCGAAGGGCCGUGACAUCUCCUACACAUUUUGAAAUCCGUUGACCAAUCACAACAGACUGGGCCAGCUGGCCAAUCAGAGCAGACAGGGGAUUUCAAUCAGGAGGAGGGGCUAAAAGAAAUCCAGGCAUUUUAGACAGAGGGUGA